CUUCCUCUUGUUCUUUGCUACUGUACUGUCUCUGUCAGUCCCUGAGCAGUCAUUCCCAGCUCCUUGCCUAGACCUGGACAUCCAUGCUUCCCUCUCGCCCUUCCUCAUGCAGCUCAGUGCCCCAAGGGGACCCAGAGAACCACGAUAAGCAGGUCCAGUGGGCUUCUGUUACUGACAGAAAGACAUCCCAGAAGGAACACUCAAGGCCCCGGUUGGGUUCUUCCAAAGGCUCAAGUCCAAAGGCCCGAAGAUCAAGCCGGUUGACAGUGAAGUAUGACCGGGGACAGCUACAGACGUGGCUAGAGACAGAGCAGUGGGUGGAUUCCCAGCUUCAGGAGCUGUACCAGGAGCAAUUGUCCUCUGUGCCCGAGUUUGAACUGGAAGACUUCAUUGAACUCUCCACAGAAGAGCAGAAAACCAAACUGCAGGCAAUACUCCAAGAAUGUGUCAGUCCUACAGAGCCCUUUAUCUCUGAGCUGCUUGGCCGCUUGAAAAGCCUCCGAAGGCUCAGCCGGCCUCAGAAAUAA